CGCCUGCGAGGGAGGGCGGCGCGGCACAGCUCGGAUCGGCUCGGAUCGAAUCGGUUCAGCAGAGCGCGGGCCGGCGGCAGCAGCGGAUCGGCCGGCAGCGCCCACGCAGCCGCCACCGGGCACCCGCCUUCCAUCCAUCCAUCCAUCCAGCCAUCCGUCCCUCCUCCCGCCCCCCUUCCUCCGGGACUCUCCGCUGGCAUCAACCCGCUGCUGCUCCUGCUGCUGUUGUUGUUGGCCGGCUCUGCCACAUCGAGGAUAUUUUGGCUCCCGGAGAGGCAGCGGCGCCUUCUGGUUUUUUUCUCUUUUUAUUUUUGGACUCUGCGUGGUGCCGGUGCCACCGCCGUCGAGGGGAGACGCAGAGGAGCGGGCGAGCGCCGGGCUCGGGGGCCAGAUGAGUGAUUUUGGGAUCAGAAACAUGGAUCAAGUGGCUCCAGUGUCUAACAUGUACAGGGGAAUGCUCAAGCGUCAACCAGCAUUUGACACCUUUGAUAGCUCAAACUCUCUCUUUGCUGGAUAUUUUUUCUCACUAAAUGAAGAUCAAACGCUUCAAGAAGUGCCAACGGGAUUUGAUUCUACUUCUUAUGAAUCGAACAACUGUGAAUUGCCUCUGUUAACCCCAUGCAGUAAGGCUGUGAUGAGUCAGGCCUUGAAAGAUACUUUCAGUGGUUUCACAAAGGAACAGUGUCGGCUGGGUAUCCCAAAUAAUCCCUGGCUGUGGACUGAACAACAAGUUUGCCAGUGGCUUUCUUGGGCUACCAAUGAGUUUAGCUUGGCAAACGUGAACUUCCAUCAGUUUCUUAUGAGCGGCCAGGACUUGUGCAGCCUGGGCAAGGAGCGUUUCCUGGAACUGGCGCCUGACUAUGUGGGUGAUAUUCUGUGGGAACAUCUGGAACAGAUGAUAAAAGACAGCCAAGAGAAAACACAGGAUCAAUAUGUGGAGAACUCUCAUCUUACCUCAGUUCCUCAGUGGGUCAAUAAUAAUUCCUUAGCUGUUAAUGUAGAUCAGAACUCCUAUGGUAUGCAGAUGCCUGGAUACCCUAAAGCCCUUGGUUAUCCCAAACCCAGUCUCCUGACUGACAUCUGUCAGACUUCCACAGGACCAAAUCUCCUCACUCCAGAACAAGAGUUUUCUUUGUUCCCUAAAACCCAAGCAGAGGCUGUUGGUGUGAACUACUGUGCAGUAAAUCAAGAUUUCCCAAGAAGCAAUCUGAACUUGCUGAUGGAUAAUUCUGGUAAGCUUAGAGAACACGAGUCUAGCGACAGUGGUGCAGAAAGUUAUGAAAGCUCAGAUUCAAUGCUGCAGUCCUGGAACAGCCAGUCGUCAUUAGUGGAUUUACAGCGCGUGCCAUCCUAUGAGAGUUUUGAAGAUGACUGUAGCCAGUCCUUGUGCCUGAGCAAGCCUACAAUGUCUUUCAAAGACUAUAUUCAAGAACGAAGCGAUCCUGUAGAGCAAGGGAAACCAGUUAUACCAGCAGCAAUUCUAGCUGGCUUUACAGGCAGUGGACCUAUCCAGCUAUGGCAAUUCCUUCUGGAGUUACUGACUGACAAGUCCUGUCAGUCAUUCAUUAGUUGGACUGGAGAUGGAUGGGAAUUUAAACUUGCUGAUCCAGACGAGGUGGCACGGAGGUGGGGAAGGAGGAAAAACAAGCCGAAAAUGAACUAUGAGAAGCUCAGCCGAGGCCUGCGCUACUAUUACGACAAGAACAUCAUCCACAAGACUUCAGGGAAGCGCUACGUGUAUCGUUUCGUGUGCGACCUGCAGAACCUGCUGGGGUACACGGCGGAGGAGCUGCACGCGAUGCUGGGGGUGCAGCCAGACACGGAGGACUGAGCCCCGGGACGUGGUGUUGCAGGGGUGAAGAUCACGCCUUGGGACCGUGUCUGGGAACCAUCUGCAGUCGGUUCUUCUGGCUGCUCAGAUGAGUGCAACUCUUGGGAAAUAAGGACCUUUACCGAUUUUGUAACCAGGGAGAGCUGGAAGGAAGUGGCCUUAUUUCAUCAGUGGCUUCGGGUGUUGGCCAUGUCAGGCACUUGAGCAGCACGGGUGUCAGCACAGACCCCAGCUCUGCCAUGAAGACAUGGAGAUGCUAUUCAGGUUGAGCAUUUCAACUACCUGUACUGCCGUAUAAAGCGUUUUGGCUACUUAACACUGCCAUGUAAUAAUGGGUUGGCUUUAAAACCAAAGGUUGGGUGAGAAACCAGUGAUGCAGCAGAACUAUUGCUCUGAUAUUUUAAAAGUACCAUCAUCCUUGCUUACAUCUUAUUUUAUAAAAAAAGAAAAAAGCCCCUAAUUUAUUUUAAAUGAUCAGUAAGGAAAAUUGAUAUUAGUUUUGUUCUAAAGCACAUUUUAUUAUUAUUAUUAUUAUUAUUAUUAUUAUUAUUAUUACUACUCCAGAAGUGUGCUGCAUAGGUACAUAAGUGUGGCCAAAACCAGAUGUAGCAACCGUUAACAAAAAAAAAAAGACCCUUUAAAGAAGGGGAAGGAAAAUCAUACCAUUUCAAUAGUCAGUUUGUAUAUAUUCUGUGAUUCUUUUUGAAACUCUGUAAUGUUCCUAUUUAACAGAUAUUGUAUAGUGUAAAUUAAACUAAUUGUAUGUGUGUUUUUAAAUAGGAUGAAUGUAAAUUUAUGAGAUUUUUUUUUUUCAUGUUUGUCUAGGACAUACAACCUUCUGCAAAUAUUUAAUUGGCCUGAGAGACAACAUAAGUACUCAGUAUGCAUGCAUAUGGUAUGCCUGUGAUAUGAAAUGGUGGGGCGGGGGGCGUAGGGAGGGAAGGCUGGCUCAGUAUUUUGUCAAGACUGAAGCUGGCAAUUCUUUGUGCAUUUUGGCAUUUUUACAAGAAACUGAUGUUGUAUUCUGGGACAUAAAGGGCCUGUUUGUGGUUUCUUCUGUCACUGAAAAUGAAAAUAUUAAUAUGGAUAAAAUUAACUUUUUUCCUUUAUAAAUGGCAUAUGUUUUUUGACUUCUAUGCAUGUCGUUUUAAAAAAAAUAUAUAUAUAUACAAGCCUUAUUUUUUCAUUUGACUUGUCUCUUCUUCCUGCAGUGUAUCCUGUAUGAUUAAAAUAUGAACUCUAUUUUUGGAAAUAACUGUGACUCCUUUUCAAAGAUCAGGAGGGAUUUAUGUAGCAGCUAUUUUUACUGCAAAAAAAAAAAAAAAAUUAAAAAAAAUCACUGGAAAAAUGUACUUUGUAAGAAAGCUUUAUUUUUUAUCUGAGCUUGAUGUACAUUUAAAUGUGUUGUACAGUGUGAGAGGUUUAAAAAUGAGUCUUUAUUAAAACCUCUUGAACAAGAAAA